AUGGAAGGAUUCGACGAUCCAAGUGAUUUUGUGUACAAAGAAUUACAAACUAUAGAUGAACAUGUGCGAUGUCCAAUUUGCAAAGAAAUAUUCACCGACAUUAUGAUGCUGUCUACAUGCUCCCAUUCUUUUUGUGCUUUGUGCAUCCGUCGGUGCUUAUCCGCUGAACAAGUCUGUCCCAAAUGUCGAAAACCUAGCUUUGAGAGCAAUCUUAUACACAACUAUGAUUUGGAUAAUGUAGUUCGCUCUUGGCGAGCUUCUCGUACGCUGAUAUUGCAAUUGCAGAGAAGGAAUGAAGAGUUACAUUCUCAGUCAACAAACUUUUCACAGGAAAAGAGUUCACAGUUAGUUAACACUGGAAGUUCUUCACAGAAAUAUCAGCUGACGCCGAUGAUGAUCGAUGACGAUGACAGCACUGAUUACGUGCCAAGUCAAGAAUCGAAGAGAUUGUCUUCUUCGAUGGGUGUUAAUAGUAGAAGAUCUACACGCCUUAGCAACAGGCCAAGUUUGUCACAGUUAUCGAAGCAGCAACAACAGCCCUUAGAAGUAUCGAGUGUACAAGCAGAAAGACAACAGUUGACGGCAGCUGGUACGCUUCAAGUGAGUCGGCAAGAUUCCUCAAAGAUGAAUAGCGAUAAUACCACUUCAGGGAUGAGCAAAGCAGAUAGCAAGUUAACUUCUUCCUCUAUGGUAGAAUGUCCGAUUUGUUUGCAACAGAUGAGAUAUGUAGUUCUUGAUAAACAUAUCGAUAAAUGCAACGGUGAACCACCAUCAGGAUUAGUAGCGACAUCAUCGAAACCCACAAAAAAGCCAGUGUAUUUGGGGAAAAAACCAGUAAAACAAGUAUACGCAAUGUUGAAUGAUAGACAAUUGACGGAAUUAUUGAGGUCUUUUAAUCUGCCUGACCAUGGUGAUAGAAGCACGAAAAUUUGGAGGCAUAAGGAGUAUAUCAGUUUAUACAAUGCCAAUGUUGACUCUAGUACCCCCGUUAGCGCUCAGGUUUUGAUUCAAAGAUUGAUAGAAAUGGAACGAUCGAUUGAAAAAGAUAAAAACAAUCAAAUGAAGCGAAAAGCAGCUAAUCCUGAAGAUCAUAAAGCGAAAUAUGCUAGUCAGUUCUCAGAACUUAUACAAACUGCGAAGAAAAAUAGGACAAUGAAAAAAGAGGAUGACUAG